AUACAUAGUAAGAGGACGACAUUAUUUUUUUAGGUUUGACAACAAGAAGUUUUACCCGAGAGCGUAAUACGUUGUAAAGUUGAUAGGACAAUGUUAUUACUUUGGUCGAAAAAGACACAUUUUUUUCGAAAACUAUUUGUUAAUUUUAACACAUGCUUUCCUCCAUCUACAUUAACAGUGUUUCGGAAACUAUGUUCAGAAAUUGAAAGUAACUUUAGUAAGUCUACUUCAUUAUCUUUCUCCGCAGCGAAACAUGGGUCGUUCUACCAAACUCCGCCUAAACUAAGCAAUCAGUAUCUAGAGGAUACGUCUUUACUGAGAUACCUGAAAAGAACUCUUCCUCAGGAGGUGUUUGAGAAAGUUAACAAGGACUUAUUAGAAUUUGGAGAAGCUAUAGUUGCAAAUAUUGACCAGCUAAGUAAACAGUGUGAAGCUCUUCCUCCACAGUUAAUUAUCUAUAAUGCAUGGGGAAAACGAGAAGAGAAAUUAUGGACUUGUGAUGCAUGGAAGAAAAUGCAUAACCUAAGUGCUAAAGAAGGCCUAGUUGCAAUAGGUUAUGAGAGAAAAUUUGGAGAAUUUAGUCGCCUGUAUCAGAUGGCCAAACUUUACUUGUACGCUCCCUCCUCAGGACUGUACACUUGCCCUUUAGCUAUGACAGAUGGUGCUGCCAAAACUAUAGAGACCUUAGGUCUCACUCAUCCUGUGUUUGUUGCGGCCUAUUCUCGACUUGUGUCUCGAGAUCCCAAAUUCUUCUGGACAUCUGGUCAGUGGAUGACUGAAAGACAGGGUGGAUCUGAUGUUGCUGGAGGUACAGAAACAGUUGCUUUUCCUCAAAAUGAUGGAACAUUUAGACUUUUUGGUUACAAGUGGUUUUCUUCAGCAACUGAUGCCAAUAUUGCUUUAACACUUGCUCGUAUUGCAGAUAGCCAAGGGCAAGUCAUACAGGGAACAAAAGGAUUAACUAUGUUUUAUCUAGAGACAUGCUUACCAGAAGGAGGCUUGAAUAAUUUGGAAAUGGUUCAGCUGAAAGAAAAGUUAGGAACUCGUCAACUACCAACAGCAGAACUCUUACUGAAAGGAACAGUAGCUUAUAGGAUGUCUGAGGCUGGAAGAGGAGUGGCAGAGAUAUCAAACAUGUUGUCCAUGACUAGGAUUCAUAAUGCCAUUGCUGCUGUUGCAAGCAUGAGGAGGAUCUUGAAUUUGGCCAGAGAUUACAGUUUCAAGCGCAUAGCUUUUGGAAAACUCAUUAUUAAUCAUCCUUUGCAUAUGCACAUCUUGGCUUCCUUGGAGACAGAAGUUCGGGGGUCUCUCCUGUUUCUAUUAGAGAUAAUCCAUUGGCUUGGAAAGCUUGAAAAUGGUAAAGCUACAGACACAGAAACCUUGUUGUUUAGAAUGUUAACACCAGUUUUGAAACUGUUUACAGCAAAACAGGCUGUUGCUGUGGUUUCUGAAGGAUUGGAGGCAUUUGGUGGACAAGGAUACAUGGAAAAUACUGGACUUCCUGGAAUCCUAAGAGAUGUUCAGGUUCUGCCAAUAUGGGAGGGAACAACCAAUAUCCUGUCCCUAGAUGUUCUUCGUAGUAUCUCCAGAAGUAACAAAGAAGUAUUGAAAGCAUAUUAUCAUGACAUAUUGGAGAGAACAGAGAUGGCCAAGUCUAUAGAAUACUUAAAAGAGUCGUAUGCUAUGGUCAUUGGGUCUCUAAAUACCGUUCUUCAGUUUGUACAGAUUAAUCCUGACAAGUUAGAAGUUGCAGCACGUGAUUUUGCCUACAGCUUAGCUAGAGUGUUUAUAGGUGCCUUACUGCUUCAGCAAGCAAGUUUACCUGAUGCCACUCAACAAGAAAUUAUUGUGGCUGUUAGGUGGUGCUACCAAGACCUUACCCUCGGUAUAGGCAGUCAACAAAAUUGCUAUUCUGAAAGUGCUAUAAAGGCUGACAUUGAUUUGGUUACAGAUGGCUAUAAUAAGAAAAGCUAAAGCUUACUGAUGUAAAUCAGAUGAAAACUCUGAAAAAAUACGAUACGUCAAACUUUUCAGAUAAAUAUUUUAAAAGCAAAAUUUCUUAGUUAUGUAUGAUUUGGUGGAAUUCUGGUUUAAAUAAUGAGUGUUAUAAACUUUUGAAAAAUUGCUAACUUUUGUAGUUUUUUUAAUAAAACAUCAA